AUGGUUGCGCAAAGGAACGCUGCUUUUGCGGAAGAGAGCGCGGAGGUGGAAGUUCUGCUUGCAUCCCUGGGCAAGACGAGAGACCUCACGAAGAAAAUUGCAGCAAGUCUGGCUCGACUAGAUGCCAGUGGACAGAUUGUCAACGAGGCCAUUGGACCUGUCUAUGGCAACACUAAACAACUUCAGGUUACGAGCCGAAACAUUGAUAGAGUCAACGAGGCCAUUGAGAAACUCCGCCAACCUCUAGAUGCCCGUGGUCGCGAGGAAAACAUCAUCCGACAAGGGCCGAAGAGUGCCGGUCUGCCUCAGUACCUAGCAGCACUCAAGAGAGUGGACAAGGCAUUGACGGAUCUCAACUCUUCGGGUUUACGGUCGAAUCAACAAGCCAUUUCGGAGUUCCAUAAUUUACUCCUGACGGGCGUCAACCAGCUGAAUGACUUGUAUCGGAAGAUGUUGCAAGAAGAUGCCAAGACUAUCGAGCCUCUUCAUUUCAUCACAAAGCAGAUCUCUUUUCCAACUAUCGCUCAAGAAAAGGCACAGACUUUAGGUCAGAUAUCCAUGGCCAUCGCCUCGGCGGGAGCACAUUCAGCCAAGCUGGGACAACGCGAUGACGAUGCUGCAGCACGCAUGUAUGCGGAAAUACGAGGAGACUACAUAAACAGCAGCCUCCAAAACCUGUCGAUGGCAUCAAUCAGCACCUCAAAGCGCCGCAACGCUGACACAGCCAUCUACCGAGAAGGAUCAAGUGGUGUUGGAGCGUACGCGAAAGCCCUUGAAAGCAUGCUCCUUGCUGAGUCCGAAAAUACAUCACGCAUCUUCCGCAAUGAUGGCGGCCGCGUCUUUGGCCUGACUUGCUCCAAGCCUCUUUCCACAUUUGCCCGUACACUGUCCGACCUAAACAGUUUCAUCAAAACUCGCAUCCUAACAGACUGCUUUCUCGCCUACGAGAUCCUCGAUCUCGUCACCCCUCUCAGCUACCGGCUGGAUUCAAGAACAGGUCAACUCCGCUCACAAUUUGCCGACGCUCUGCGCCCGCUUCGCGAAACGGCACGCUCCUCGUUCAGUGACCUAAUCACUCAAACCCGACGCCAGGCAGAGACUAUUUCCACCCUUCCCCCCGAUGGCAAUACCAUUCCUCUAGUGUCCGAAACUGCUAAACGAUUACAAACCCUAGCAAACUUCGACCGCCCUCUACUCGUUCUGCUGUCAUCCAUUGGUGACGGCAACUGGAAGGCUCCCUCCACCUCGGCGGGCCUCGCAUCCCAAUCGAGUCUGAACCUGGAACUCACGCCGUCGGCGGAGAAUCCAAACCUCCUAAGCCACUAUCUCCUCGACGUCGUCGACACGCUUCUCAACACACUCAACACUCGCUCCCAGACCAUCCAUCCCAAGAAGUCUAUGCAGGGUAUCUUCCAACUCAAUUCCGCGGCUGUGCUUGCACGCGCCGUUCAAUCAUCUCCUGACUUAGCACGGUACAUUGGCAUCAGCCCGCACAACGAACGUCUGGAGAAAUUUCGCAAGCGCGCAACGGAACUGUACAUGACGUCGUGGCGGGAGGCGAGCAUGCACCUUUUCGACACGAUCCACACGUCAGGGUCGAGGCCCAUAUCCGGUCAAGGGCCGGGUCAAGCCAUCGACAGCACUAGCAUCGUCAAGUCUCUCAACAGCAAGGACAAGGACAAAAUCAAGGAGAAGUUCAAGGUCUUCAACACGAGUUUUGACGAGCUUGUCGUCAGGCAUAAGGGCCUGCACAUGGAGAAUGAAGUGCGGAGCUACAUUAGUCGCGAGAUAACGGCGCUGAUUGAGCCUCUUUACGCCAGAUUCUGGGACAGAUACCAUGAGGUCGACAAGGGUAAGGGCAAGGUUGUCAAGUAUAGCAAGGGCGAGUUGAGUGGAAUGUUGGCUACUUUAUAG